CGCCUGAUGGACAAACUCACCUUCCUGAACAACUACAACAAUGGCAGCAGGCUUCGCAAGACCUGCAUGUGCUCCAAGGUGGAGUCCCUCCUUGGCGACACCUGGGUCCCUCUAGAGGAUCACAGGGGUUUCCAGCACAACCAGACCAGUGAGCCACGCCAUGCCGAGUCCCUGUUCCUUGACCAAGUGCCUUCUUGGAAUUUGGAGCUGAACCUGCAGUACAGGCUCACCUGUUACAUCUCCUGGAGCCCCUGUGUCAACUGUGCCUCAGAAUUGGCUACUUUUCUAGGGGGACACCCACACAUGAGCCUUAUCUUUGCCGCCCGCAUCCACUCCCUCUCAUCUGGAUAUGAGGAAGGGUUGCGCCAGCUGCAGGCCGCUGGAGCCCAGAUCCACCUCAUGAGUCUGCUGGAGUCUGUGCAACACCAGGGACAAGCCUUUCAGCCCUGGACGGGGCUGGAGUAG